UACAUGUUUGAUCCAUAUUGAAUUGGCACAUGUUCAGUCUAAAUAAACUUCUUCAUCCUCAGGUUAAGAAAAGCUAGGGUUGGGGUGAAGUCAUGGUGAGCUUGGGAUUAUGAGAAGAAUCAAUCUUGUCUCAUAUUUCAACCACUCCGUCAAACCAGAAUCGCCUGCCUUUUCAUGAGAGUCUCUUAAUAUAUAAUGUAUGGGUGUCAGUUGCUGUAAACUGACUAUACCCCAGCAACAACUUGAAUUAAUUAUAUGCAGGACGAGAGAAAAUAAAAUGCCUUUUUCUCAGAGGCCCAAGUUUCACUGGCUACACAGAAGGCUGGAAACCACAGGGUGAACUUUCUGCUGAUGGAGGACCCUGAGAAGAAGCUGAAUCAGAAGAGUGAUGGCAAACCCCGGAAAGUACGAUUUAAAAUCUCCUCCUCCUACAGCGGUCGAGUACUGAAGCAGGUCUUUGAGGAUGGGCAGGAAUUAGAGUCACCAAAGGAGGAAUACCCUCACAGUUUUCUCCAAGAGUCCCUUGAACCAAUGGAUGGUGUUUAUGGGUCUGGGGAAGCCCCCAGGCCCCAGCUGUACUCCCCUAAGCUGACUGCUCAGAGGAUCAGUGUGUUUAGAGACGGUAAUGCCUACACUUUGGCGGGCGGCCAGCGUCUGUUCAACGAUUACAAGGCGAAUGACCAUAAGCCCCUACCUAUCAUAGAUUUUGGAAAGAUAAUCAUCUACACUAAUAACCUGAAAAUCAUUCGAACCCCAAUGGACAAGAGAGACUUUGUGAGGAACAUUCUCCAGAAGGAAGAGGAGGCUAAGGAAGAGUCUCUGAUGAGCAAAGAAGUAAGCUACGGAGGCAGAGGACAGCACGAGAGGCCUUUGGUGGAGGCGGAGAGUACAUUCCCCCAUAACCAGUAUACACAGGAAGGGGAUCUUCCCGAGGACAGCUGUUUUCACUGCCGAGGGUCGGGCAGUGCCACCUGUUCUCUGUGCCACGGCAGCAAGUUCUCGAUGCUGGCCAACAGAUUUAAGGAGUCCUAUCGGGCCCUGAGGUGCCCUGCCUGCAAUGAGAAUGGCCUACAGCCUUGCCAUAUUUGCAAUCAAUAGCCUGUGGCUUUUGCAUGUCCACUGUUAUCUUACCCUCCCUAAAGUUAUUUCUAAUAAACUAUCCCCUUCUCCUCCUCCUGCCUCUCCCAGCAAGGAGGCCACAGUCACUCCCACUGCUGGCAAAACUCAAUUAUCUGAUGACAUUUUGUGAGGUUGGUAACAUCUCUGUGUGAGUCUAAGUGGCAGGGGCAUUUUCGAAUUAGAGUUUGCUUCGAAACUGGUUCUGAAAUUAUCCUUCCAGGAUGGCGUGAGUAUAUCUCACUUGACUUAGCUCAGUUUUCUCCUUGCUUCAGUGAAGAAAUAUAGGUACACUUCAAGCAUCGGGCUAGGGGUUAUUUUGCAAAAUUAUGCGGUGAGAAAGGAAUAAAAAAGGCAGGUUUCUGAUGAACUGAAUUCUUGUUGCUUAUAAUGCAUCUCAAAUGAUUAUUGGUCGAAUUGAAUUUCUGAUUAAGCAGAAGAGGAAGGGGACAGCCAAUGCUGGACGUGCUAGCAGACCACGGCAAGCAAAACAGGAUGCUCAUUCUUGAGACAGGCCAAGGAGCCUUCCCUUUCAAAGACCUGAACCUCUCCUGUGUGGUGUGCUUGGAUAUUUAUGCUGACAGUGAGCAAUACUAUUUCUUAAGUCAAGAUGAGAUAAGACAUUUUCAUGUGCCUCUAACUACUGAGGUUAUAAGCCAAGUCAAAGCUAUUUAUGAUAAAUUUGGUGCUCAAAUAUGUGUGCAUGACAUAACUUCUUCCAGCCCCUGAAUUACUACCAAAUAAAUAAAUCCAUUUUAAGUCUAAAAUCUAGCCAUAAUAGUCUUCAUAAAGGAUUGCAGAUAUUUUAUAGAUUACCUACUGUAAAUCUCCAAAAGAAAAAAUUAACCAAGGCUGAUUUUUAGCAGUAAUGUUUUUACUAUCCAUGAAUAUGCAUAGUAAGGAUGAUUCUUUCCUCUUGAGGUUGGUUGUAAAAUUAGAACAUACUUUUGUUAAUGAACUUUUGUAGCUCUAACACCCACUCCCCAAGCCCCUUAAGGAUAACACUGCAAAAUUGAUCUCUUGAGGCCUGCUGCGUUCUGUGGUAAUAAUUUUGAUUUUACAACUUAGUAAUUUCUCAAGAUUUGUUUGUUAUUCUCUAAUAUUCAGCUUUUAACAUAAUUUAACAAUGGAAUGCUUCUCAGGCAAUAUAAAUACUUCUAAUAAAAAAGACUAAAAUAUUUUCGAAGCCAUGAUAGUUUUGCCUGUCCUUUCAUACUUAGGACUUACCAUGUUGCUCACCAGCUUUCUUUGCUUCUAUGCUUAACUAUUAUACCUCGUGCCUCUGUUUAUGUUUUCUCACAGCUGUUGGCUUUUCUGCCUUUUCAGUAUAGAGGAAGGU